AGCAGAGACUGUUUAUCAAGCGAUGUUGCAAAGUUUCAAGAGAGUCCAUACUCCGCUUCGCAUAGCCACUAUUGGUUUAAGAUGUGUUCAUACCACACCGCUCUUAUUCAACCAACAACCAAUUGCCACUGCACCUCAAGGAGUCAGGAGACCCCCGGUAUCAAUUGACCGUCCUUUGCCUGAUCCAUUUGAAAAAAAGAGACAAAACCGUCGUUACUUCUGGGUUUACUUCGUGGGAGUUUCGUUGAUGUGUGGAUUGAUUUUCAAUUAUGAAAAAACUGGUUCUCCUAUAAUAACUUCGACAUUUUAUUUCUUGCGAAGAUCAUCAAUUGCCCGUACUCAUUUAGGUGAUGAAAUUUCGUAUACCAGCAGAUGGCCUUGGAUUGUUGGUCCUUUGAAUACCGUCAAGGGGAAUAUUGAUAUCAAGUUUGGUGUUAAGGGUGAGAAAGGUACCGGUGAAAUUAGAUUACGAGCUACCAGACCAAACAAAGCAGUUCCUUUUGAAAUUGGGGAAUUUAGUUUGGUUGUAGAUGAUCAAGUUUAUGAUUUGACAAAAGAUCCAGAGAUUGAAUUUUUGAUUUAAGAGAAGUAGUAAUGUGACUUGUAAAUAGGUUUGACAAGAUUAGAUAUAAAAAUAAUUUAUAUGGUAACGUAAAAAAAAAAAAAAUAGAUUCUGUUGCAAGGUGAUGCAGAUC